CUGAAUAUUCAUUGGCGCGUGGGGGCAGGCGGCGCACGCGAGCAGAGAGAGGCUGAGCCGCGCGCACACAGCUGAAUGGAUAACACCGUCUCCGCCACAGCAGUAAAAGGAUGUGAAUUUUCGACAUUUUUCAAGUUUGUCACCAAAAGAAAGCAGCGGCCGGACUCGACUCACCGGUUUUACCGACAGGCGGUGCAAAUUAACGGCCGGACACUGACCGAGCACGCGGCAGCCGUUAGACAAUAAACUGCUUAAUUUUAAUGAUUUGAAUUUUAGAUAGUUAGCUACUGAGCAUCCGUCCAGUGAGCUGCAGACAGACACAGACAGUCAUGAUGGAGUCUAUCUUAGACAGUUUGACAGCAGAGAAACUCUACCCGUCCGGCGGGACCAACCUGUUGGACCUGGAGGAACUCAGCGACGGAGAUUUCCUCACUAAUGUGCCUUUCUCAGGUGACCAGAUGGAUGACUUCAGCAGUGAAUUAUUCAACAGUUUCUUUGAUGACCAUCUAUUAGAGCGGCCCCUCAUGGCAGACAGACCUUCACCUCUACACAUGGACAUGGAGGACAGCAGCCCAGAUAUUCAAGCAGAGCACAGCUACUCAUUAAGCGAAGACUCCGCCCCCCAGAGCCCAGCCCUGUCAAUCAAAAUGGACCACGAGUCUGAAUUUGAAUGGAGCUUCAGUCAGGACCUGUCUGCCAUCUUGGUGAAACAGGAGGAGCCUGAUGUGGGUCAAAGGUUAGAUCCUCAGCCUCUGGAAGGUCCGCCUCUCAUAUUAAACCCCGCCCCCCCACACAGAGGGUCGCCAUGGAAACACACGGAGCCCAGUCAAGACAGUGUAAAACCAUUAGCCAUAAAAGAUGAACCCAGAGAGAUUGGACAGUACCUCAGCCUGCCCAGCGACGAUGCUCUCCAGCUCCCGCCCACCCCUCCCAGCAGUAAUCACGGUGACAGCGACGGCUCCCUCCCUCCCUCCUCCCCGCACCUCCCUCUGCCACCGUCCUCCCCUCAACCACAACAGAGGCCAGGAGGUCGUGCCUCCUCCUCAUCCUCCUCCUCCUCUUCCUCAGCCAUCUCUUCUUCACCUCUCCUCACUGCACCACAUAAGCUGCAGGGUUCAGGACCCCUCUUGCUGACAGAAGAAGAGAAGAGGACCCUGGUUGCUGAGGGUUACCCAGUACCGAACAAACUUCCUCUCACCAAGAGUGAAGAGAAGGCACUGAAGAGGGUCCGACGGAAGAUUAAAAACAAGAUCUCUGCUCAGGAGAGUCGGAGGAAGAAGAAAGAAUAUGUGGAAUGUCUGGAGAAAAAGGUGGAGAGCUACACGUCAGAAAACAGCGACCUGUGGAGAAAAGUAGAAAACCUGGAGACCGCCAACAGGUCUCUCCUACAGCAGCUCCAGAAGCUUCAGUCAUUGGUUUCAGGGAAAGUCGUCCCCCGUUCUUGUAAAAUUGCCUCAACUCAAACAGGGACAUGCCUCAUGAUGGUGGCCGUGUGUUUUGUCCUGGUGUUGGGCUCCUUCUCUCCUUGUUUCUCCCCCCUCUCCCUCCUUACUCACACCUCCUCUUUGUCCUCAUCCUCCUCUUCCUCUCAACCCUCACCCUCCUCUCCUCUUCCGUCAGCGGACCUCUACACCACCAGUCAGGUCCGUUCCCGCAGCCUGCUCUUCUACAACGAAGGGUCUCCACUGGAGGAGAGUUUAGCGACAUCAGAAGGGGAGAGGCUACAGUCAGAGGGCCGCGUCCAGACGAGCCGGUACACAGCUGACAGCAACAACCAGACAACUGGGCCUGAGUUAGACCGGAGAGAAACAAAACCAGAAGGAGCCUCUGAGUUUUUCUGACACAGCCUGACCAUUCCUACCAUGACUUCUAACCUCUGACCCCUAAAAAGCCCCGAAACCUCCAGAUUCCUGAACUCAGCGGGCUUCAUAUCAACAUCCACCUGGAUCCAAAUCAGUCCACCAUCAUCCCUUUUGGUGAGCCUCAAGACAAGACGUCCUCCCAUCCUCCACAGCCGGUUCACUGCCUGUACGUGGUGCUUCACCUCUCUGCUUCUACAGACUCUGCGACACCUGAAUAUACUUGAUUUUAAAGGGAACAUCUUAUCAGAAUUUAAACGUUUAUGCAUUCAAAUCCAACUAAUCUGUUAUUAUUUAGUUUAAACAAUCAUGUCAUCAAGUACAUAAGAAACAUAGGGCCUAAUUAAGAUGUAACAAAGAUGCAAUUUGUAGCAUUUUAACAAAAAAAAAAAUCAAAUCACCACAGGCAGCAUUUUCAAGAAGAAAGGCCGAUAAAGAGCCGCCUAAGCUGUGAUCAUGUGCGACGAGUAUUAUCCAGAGGUGUGGACUUAAGUCACGUGAUUCGGACUCGAGUAAGGCUCAAGUCAAAAAUCCACGACUAGGCUCGAUUUGACUCACAGCUAAUUUUUUACUUAAACAUUUAUGACUCAUGAGUUUACUUGAACUAGAAUCAUUUGACUUGAAAAUACUUGAUACCUUCCCCCAAAUAUUAAAAAGUAUGUUAUUUAAAAAGUGUGCCACAAAUUAAUGUUUUGAUUAAACUAAUGUUAGCCCUGUUCAUUCCCACCAAGGACACACUUAAAUCCCCAUAUCCACUUUGUUUAAAGCAAUCCGACAGUAUUUAAGCUGAAGGAGAGAAACGUGAAGAGCUAACGUUAUGCUACUGAAUGCCAGUUAGAUAAAAAAUAUACCAAUGUCACGUUCAAAAAUGAUGUGGCGGUCAACAAAAACCAAAUUGCUGUAUGUCAAACUUGGGGGUCAAAAAUUACAGAUGGAGAUGCAAAAAACCUCCGACUUUGCACAAAAUUGAAGUUUAGUCAAUUAGUCGAGGCUAACUUUUCGACAGGCUUGUUUGAACAAAUAACACAUUUUUAAAAUCAUCCAUAUUUUUUUAGAAUUUGACAUAUUAUGCUGUUGAUAAAAUGGUAUUGCGUUUGAUGAAGGGUGCAUUUUGACUUGUUUGAAACCCAAAGUUUAAGACCUGGGACUUGACUUGUGACUUUUCAGUCUUGACCCUGGACUUGUCCUGUCUUGACUCUGGACAUCCAUGCCUUAAUUUAGGACUUAACUCUGGACUUGAGUGCAACGACUUUAGACUUACUUUGGACUUUAAAGAUAACGACUUGGUCCCACCUCUUGUAUUAGCUCAUGUCGAGUCAUACCUAAUGCAAGUAUUAGCAGCUUUCGGCUUCCUCCCUUUGUCUCCAGAACUAAUGUAGCGUAUCAUUACCAUUUAGAAGCGAGCAUUGUGGGAAAUGUGGUCUUUAAGUUGAGAGAAACCCAUUAUGAUACACCUUUGCACCUUUGAAGAAAACUCAUGAACAUAAAUAGUAAUAUAUGGAUACUUGAUGGACCUCCACUGUGGAAGUAUUUUACUUCCAAGACAAAAUUAAAUAAUGAAAAUGAACUUUUUUAAAAGGAAGUUGUGCCAUUUAAAAAAAAGUGCCUUCCAGUUACUUAAAAUAUGACCAACUUGGCCUUAAAUCUAAAGCCCACACUCACUUUAAAAAAUGUAACUAGAUUAAAAA